CAAUAAAUAAAUAUCAACGUUAAUUGAAAUUUGUGUAUAAUUAAGUUAAAGUUAAGUACAAUAAGUUGCAGUAAGUAAUGGAAGAGCACGCAGUUACAUUUCUGGUUGUUGGUGGUGGUAUUGCUGGUGUCACCUGUGCAGAAACAUUAGCUAUUUGUUGUCCAGAAGAAAAAACUUUACUAUUAACCGAAUCAAACGUUAUUAAGACUGUCGCAAAUUUGGAACCAGUUGCACGUUAUCUUCAUAAAUUCGAUAUAUUGGAGCGUCAGGCAUCUGAAAACGGGGAGCAUAUUUUAGCACCAUGCGUUGUCACAUUCGUAGAUCAACUACAACAUAUAGAUUCGGUUACAAAACGGGUGCUCACACGUGGUAAUCGCAGUAUAAAAUAUAAAUAUCUUUGCCUAUGCACUGGAGGUCGUCCACAUUUAAUUAUGAAAGACAAUCCCCGUGUUAUAGGUAUACGAGACACAGAUUCAGUAUUAGAAUUGCAACGUCAACUAGUGGAUGCGAAAACCAUUGUUAUUGUUGGAAAUGGUGGCAUAGCUAGCGAGUUGGCGAGCGAACUAGAUGGUGUCACUGUACAUUGGGUGAUUAAAGAUGAACAUAUAUCAUCCACUUUUGUCGAUCCGGGUGCAGCACAUUUUUUUCAACAAAAAGGACAAGAUUCAGCAACAGGAGAUGAAAAUAAAGAUAAACCAACUAGUGUAGUUAAACGUUUGCGUUAUGGAGAAAUGCAACCACAAAAAGAAAUCACAUGCAAAAUUGGCGCAGCAUUAGGACCAGAUUGGCAUCGAAAUUUUCAAUUAAAAGGCGGAUUAAAAACUCCAGCUGAUUCGCCAAUUAUUCACUAUAAAACGCAAGUGAAAAAAAUUUCAAAUGAAGAAGAAAGUCUCUUGGUAGAACUUAGCGAAGGUGAAAGCAUCCAUUGCGAUUUUGUUAUCUCAGCUACUGGUGUAGAUCCAAGACAUGAUUUUACUUGCGAUCAGCAACUAACUUUUGCCCACGAUGGUGGCAUAAAUGUUAACGCAAUGAUGGAAACAAAUUUGCCUGAUAUUUAUGCUGCUGGUGAUGCGUGUACUGCUGGUUGGGAGAUUGCAGCACAUUGGUUUCAAAUGCGUUUAUGGACACAAGCUAGACAAAUGGGUGCAAUGGCUGGACGAAGCAUGGCAGCAGCAUAUCAACAAGAAAAAAUUUAUCAAGAUUUCUGCUUCGAACUUUUCGGUCACGUCACACAACUUUUCGGUUAUCAAGUAGUGCUAUUAGGUCUUUAUAAUGGUCAAGGACUAAAUAACGACUAUGAAAUACUGUUACGCACCACUCCAGGCAAAGAAUACAUUAAAUUUGUACUACAAAAUGGCAAGCUCCGCGGCGCUAUACUUAUCGGUAAUAGCGAAUUAGCUGAAACCUGUGAGAAUCUUAUAUUAAACGGCAUUGAUUUAACACCAUUCGGUGAUGACAUACUAAAUCCAGAUAUUGACAUUGAAGAUUAUUUUGAUUAAAAUUCUUAACUAGUUACUUAUAUGUGCUAUAAAAAUAAAAUAUUUUUUACAUAUUGCUAAUAUCAAGAAAAAAGUUUUAAAAAAUAUUUUAAUAAGUAUUGAAAAUAUAUCUAACCGCUUAAUGUUUAUAUUAAAUGUUAUAAUAUUCUG